CCCCCUCGGCCUUGCUCUUGCCUGGCUGAGGCUGAAAGGCCGCUUGUGAUGCCAGGUCCCCUCUUUUGUUCAGGGAACUGCGGCCGUGCUGCUUUACUUGCAAAAGCAGAGGAGCUGUUGGCGGAGAGAACAGCAGGUGGAGAUCAUCGGGCAUGUUUUCUGAAAGGACAGCUGUACUACGAAGAGGGGUUGUAUGAAGAAGCAUUAAUACAAUUUGAAAAAAUCAAGGAUACAGAUUUUCAAGCAAUGUAUCAGCUUGGUGUAAUGCAUUAUGAUGGACUAGGCACUAAAGAAGACCCUGAAAAGGGAGUGGAAUACAUGAAGAAAAUACUUGACUCUGAUUCCCCAAAAGCAAGACACUUGAAGUUUGCAGCUGCAUACAACCUUGGCAGAGCGUAUUAUGAAGGAUGCGGUGUUAAGCAGUCAACUGAAGAGGCUGAAAGGUUGUGGCUUAUUGCUGCAGACCAUGGGAACCCAAAAGCAAGUGUGAAGGCCCAGAGUACUUUAGGAAUGCUUUAUUCUGUAUCAGUUCCAAAAGACCUGAAGAAGGCCUUUUUCUGGCAUUCAGAAGCAUGUGGCAAUGGAAACUUGGAAUCACAGGGUGCCCUUGGUGUUAUGUAUCUCUAUGGACAAGGUGUAUGUAAAAACACUAAAGCUGCUUUGGAGUGUUUGAGAGAAGCAGCAGAACGUGGAAGCAUCUAUGCUCAAGGCCAUCUUGUGGAAUAUUAUUACAACAGGAAAUUUUAUUCAACAGCUGCUGCAGUAGCCAAAAGGAUUACAAAAAACGACGACAUCGAUACACUAGCAAAGAUGACGGAUUGUCUUCCUACGUAUGUAGCCAAGGGGGUUGCUAUGGCUGCUUUCUACCUGGCUAGAUGCCUCCAGCUUGGCCUAGGUGUACGGCAAGAUCAAGCUGCUGCUAAAAAAUACUAUUCUCAGGUCUAGUAUAAUGAUCACAACUGAAAGAAAAUUGCAGCCUUCACUCAUCAUGCACUAGCUGUACAUCUGAGAACAGUCUAGAAAUGUCACUAGCUUCUUAGUAUAAAAAGAGAUUCUUUCUAUUGACUGGUGCCAAGCAUCUCGAUUACAUCAACAACAGAAGAGAAGGAACAGAAAAUAAACAAGGAUGCUAAGUGAAGCAGUAACUUUAGGACAAAUAGAAGACAAGAGUUGUGGGUGCCUUCAUUUUUCUUUUGUGCCCUGAACAUAAUUCUUGUGUUAACCAUACAACUCUACCCAUUUAAAAUUAAAAUCUUGUUUGCUGUUUUAAUUAACUGUUCAGCUGUGGUUUUGACCUACUGUUCUUAGACCCAGUCAGUUUUGAAAGAGGCAAGAGAAGAUGGGCUUCCCAGAGGGUACUGACAUAGAUGAUGGAAAUGAAGGAAACUGAUUCUGUCUGUAAGCAGAUUUAUGUUUCUGGCUGUGGUACCAGUACAUGCCAUACCAACGAACAGAAUAAAAAUAUAAAACCAAGCCUAACACUAUAGCCAAGUACACUCAUUUUAAAUACUGAAUUUUUCUUAUGUGGCAUCAGAAACAGGCAUUUAAAGCUGAAUAUAUUAACUCUUAACAAGUUGAUUAUCUCAGAUAAUGUCAGCAAAACUUAAAGACCUUAUUAAUGUUAUAUUGACAACAUACAAUUUUAUUUUAGCUACAAAUUAGAGAUCCCUGUUCUUUGUUUUUAAAGGCAUGCCUUCUGGAUCCUGGUCUUGCUUCUGACCUUGAGCUGGCAGCUAAUCUUGGGAGAAUUUAGUGUUUCCUUUAACUGUGACUGGUAUAUAAAUGUGUUUCCUACAAU